GUGAGAUGCAAUAUGAUUUUUCCUUACUAAAACUUGGUUAUAUAUUCCCUUCAUGGGAUGACGUUGAAGCUUUUUUUAAAGCUUAUGGUCAGUAUCAUGGGUUUGCUUUUGGAGGAAAAUAUGUACCUAAGAAGAGUAUCGACAUUAAUGCUCACCACAACCAACAAUCAAAACUUACAACAUUUGUAAAUACCCACAACUAUGAACUUGAUCCUAAAAAGUAUAAAUACAAUGCUAAGUUCAGGUCAAUUGGAGACGAAGCAUUGAACGACAUUGAGUUUUAUACAAAAAAUAGAAAUCUUUUGAUUACUAUACAGUGUCAAUUACUAAGAGCAAAGUACCCUGAUGCAACUUUCUUAGAUAUAGAUCUUACUAAUGCUAUUCAACAUUAUAAAGUUAAGUCUAAAGAUCUUAAAAUUGAUCGAUAA